AUGUUGCGCAAAAUUCUGUGUGUUUUCGCGCUCCUGGCACAAGGAGGAGAUACUUGGAGCUUCCACCUCACACCUUGCGCAGCGCCAUCGGCCGAGACCGCGAGGACCGCGAGGACCGUUGCUUGGUCCGGUGCUUUGUCGAUUGCAGAGACGGUUUGUGCGCUGAAGUGUCCGACGGAACCGGUGCUGGAACGCUUUCUGGCUCCCUUCGCGGGCCAAGCGCAGGAACCGUUGCUGUCCUUACGGCGGCUGGAUGACUUCUGCGAUCCGCGGAUCACGCGCACGCUGGCCAUUGCCGUUGCCGUCUUGGACAAGAAAAUUUUCUGGAAGAAGUGUCACACCGAUGACGAGGACCGUGGAGGCUGCAUGACGCCCUUUUCGGACAAGGACACCUGGCGCUGGCUCCGCAUGCUGCAUGAGAUCCUGGAGGUGGUGGACGUCAAGGAUGCAUUGUUCCUGGUGCAAUGCGGCGAUGAACCCAACGUGCCCACGGACGAGGACGACUCCAUUUUUUGGAGGCCUUCCCGGUGUUUCAUUCUGAAGGUGGAGAUGGAUUUUGGAACAUCCCAUGGCUCAAUCCGUCCUUUGGCCGAUGGGCAAGACAUGGCAAGACCAGCAGCCAGCGUUCUCCCUGUCACGGAGGAGGAGAAAUGCUUCGCGGUGGCUGUGAGCGCCGUCGGCUGCGAUCCGUAA